AUGUCGACGGCUCCGGAGCUCGACUUGGUCGAGGCGGCCAGGGCGCAUGCGCCUAGCAUGGCCAAAGAAGGCAUGACUACUAAGGAAUCAUCCGAGUCCCUCAGGGCCGUCGAUGGCGAGAUUUAUCCCACGGAGGAGGAGUUCGCAACUCUCCGCCGUGUUCAUGGCAAAGUCAGCUGGUUGAUCUACACUAUUGGUCUGGUUGAAAUGUGCGAGCGUUUUGCGUACUAUGGUACCACCGCUGUCUUCGUCAACUUCAUUGCCUAUCCUCUCCCUGAAGGCUCAACAACUGGGGCUGGAGGCACUGACAGGCAGGCUGGUGCCUUGGGUCUUGGCCAACAGGCAUCCACCUCCUUGACGCUUUUCAACUCCUUCUGGUCCUACUUCAUGCCGCUCCUGGGUGGCUACCUUGCCGAUACUUACUGGGGCCGUUUCAUGACCAUCCAAUAUGCCAUUGUCCUCGCCACCGUUGGUCACAUCUUGAUCAUUGUGGCUGCCAUUCCGUCCGUUAUCACCAACCCCAGCGGCGCACUCGGCGCCUUCAUCGUCGGCAUUCUUUUCUUCGGCACUGGAGUCGGCUGGUUCAAGGCCAACAUCUCACCGCUGAUUGCUGAACAAUACGAGAUGCAACACCCCCGCGCCGUCGUCCAGACCCUACCUUCUGGCGAACGCGUCAUUGUUGACCCAGUUGUCACGAUUUCCAGAAUCUACAUGCGUUACUACUUCUUGGUCAACGUCGGCGCCCUCGUUGGACAGAUCAGCAUGGUGUACGCCGAGAAGUAUGUUGGCUUCUGGCUGUCGUACUUGCUCCCCACUCUGUUGUUCUUCUUUUGUCCCAUCAUCAUGAUCAUCAGCCGCAAGAGCUAUGCCAAGCGUCCGCCUACCGGGUCUGUUCUCGGCAACAUGGCCAAGCUGGUUGCAUUUGGCAUCAAGAAGGGCUCUAUUACAGAGCUGAACAAGGACGUCUUCUGGGACCGUAUCAAGCCCAGCCGUGUCACUGGUGCUGACCGGCCCAAAUUUAUGGACACCAUUGACGAUGCUUGGGUUGACGAGGUUCGCCGAGGCCUAUCUGCCUGCUAUGUGUUUGCCUUCUUGCCCAUCUUCUGGCUGGCCUACAACCAGAUGAGCAACAACAUGAUCAACCAGGCCGCCACGAUGCGCCUCGAUGGCAUUCCGAACGAUGUCGUCACCAACCUGAACCCCUUUUCGCUCCUUAUCUUGAUUCCUAUCUGCGACAAGCUGAUUUACCCGGCCCUCGCCAAGGCCGGCCUCCGCUUCACUCCCAUCAAGAAGAUUGCGUUGGGAUUUGCCUCGGCUGCGCUUUCAAUGGUCAUCGCUGCCAUCAUUCAGCACUUCAUCUAUGUCCAGUCUCCCUGCGGCUACAGUGCCUCUGACUGUAUCGACCCACCCAACCCCCCUGACUUGAGUGUCUGGAUCCAAACGCCCGCCUACGUCUUGAUUGCUCUGUCCGAAGUUUUCGCAUCCAUCACUGGUCUUGAGUACGCCUUCACCAAGGCACCGCGGAACAUGAGGGGGAUGGUUACUGGUGUUUUCUGGCUCGUCAAUUCAAUCAGCGCCGCCCUUGGCUUCGCGUUUGUCGGACUUGCUACAGAUCCACUUCUCGUCUGGCUGUACACCACCGUUGCCAUCGUCAGUGCGGUCGGCGGCAUUGCUUUCUGGUUCUGCUUCCGCAAGCUUGACAAGCAAGAGGAUGAGCUUAACGCCCUUCCCGAAUCGAACUACAAGGGGCGCCACCAUGAUGGCCCCAUGGACGUUGAGAAGAGAGUGAUGGAUGACGAAGCCCCGACAUCCGCGCCUGCUGCUAAAUCUGCCCUUGCGCCCGGCACUGCAUCUGGAGCGGCCACCGAUGUCGACGCCGUCAACCCCGUCGAGGUCGACAGCACCGAGAAGCGCCAAUAG